AUGGGCCCCAAACCAUUCCCUUUUCCUCUCAACGUCGGGACCGACAUUUGCCGCAUCUCUCGUAUAUUCCGCGUCCUCGCGGGUCGCCGCGCCACGCGUUUCGUCAGCCGCAUUCUGACACCCGAGGAGAUCGCCGCGGCGCCGAUUGCCCGACCGCCUCUUACCCUCCCGACAGCGCUGGCUGCCGGGUACGGACUGCGUGAAGGGGUAGACUUCUCCACGUUGAAGAAGACGUAUCCAGACUUGUGGACGCAGGCGACCUUCUUGGCCGGACGAUUCGCGGCUAAGGAGGCGACUUUCAAAGCCCAUCCGUCGAUGAGACUAUCGUGGCAUGAUAUAGUCAUCAAGCGGGCCCAUGAUGUAGGAGGGACUCAACUCGACGAGGAGGAGCGACACGGGGAGGAUGAUGAACCAAGGAGCCCCCCUAACGGGAGCGGGCCGCCGAUAGCGGUGAUCCGGACUGGGGGAAAAUCAACACCGGGGGAGGAGCAGACGGCCAUGCUUUCGAUUAGUCAUGACGGGGACUAUGCUACGGCUGUUUGUCUGGGGUACAAGAGCAGAUGA